AUGGUUUUUCUGACCCACUGGAUCUCAACUUUUGGUGUUCCAGCCACCCUUACCACUGACCGCGGAAGUCAAUUCCAUUCUAGCCUCUUCCGUGAGUUCACUAGACUGCUCGGGUGUGCGCACAUUACAACCACGGCAUACCAUCCUGCCUCCAACGGCCUCGUUGAACGUCUACACCGCCAACUCAAGUCCGCACUGAUGUUCCAAAUAGACGCAGCUACUUGGAGUCUCAAUCUCCCUCUUGUGCUUUUGGGCAUCCGAUCUUCUGUCAAGGAGGACAUCCAAUGCACUGCCGCCGAACUUGUGUACGGUACACCCCUCCGUCUGCCUGGCGAAUUUGUGCAACCUUCCACGACAAACACUAACAUCACGAGCACCUUCGUACAGCAGUUAAAACAACGCAUGGCUCAACUGCGUCCAACCCCCACUCGUCUGACAUCGAAACAUGUGUUUGUACACGAGGACCUUAAAUCUGCCCCCUUCGUUUUCGUCCAGCAUGUCGCAGUGCGCAAGCCCCUUUGUCCUCCCUACGAUGGCCCAUAUAAGGUCGUUCAGCGGAAAGACAAGUUUUAA